AUACUAUGUUGGCCUUUAUAAAACGUAAAUUGUCUGAAUCGGAUUCCACAACGAAUUCGAACGCCGCCAUAGCGGAAGACCAGUUGGCCAGUAAAACGUCAGAAAUGUCUUUGAAUUCAAAUGAGACCAUUGAUGUGGGUGAAGAUGCCUUGCUGCAGGAAUUGGGCUAUAAAAAUGCCACAGACUUACAAGAGACUGUCUAUGAUUGUUUGAGAACAAUAAGAGAUCCAGAGAAACCUGCUACAUUGGAAGAUUUAAAUGUAAUUUAUGAAGAUGGUAUAUUUGUAAUGCCAUCUACCAAAUCGAAAGUUUCAGUGGUUCGCAUUGAAUUCAAUCCCACAGUUCCCCAUUGUUCCUUGGCCACACUGAUUGGCUUGUGUAUACGAAUCAAGGUGGAAAGAAGUCUGCCGCACAACAUUAAGUUGGACAUUUUCAUUAAAAAGGGCACACACAACACCGAAGAAGAAAUUAAUAAACAAAUUAAUGACAAAGAAAGAAUCGCAGCGGCAAUGGAAAAUCCCAAUUUAAGGAAAUUAGUGGAGAAUUGCAUAAAAGAUGAAGAGUGAUAUUAAAAAAGAAA